AUGUCCCAGCAGGCCCCAGUAAGUCGCGAGGUGGGCGAGCUGGGGGGGCAGCUCUCCGGGGGACAGCGGCAAGGGGUGGCCAUCGCUCGGGCCCUGGUGAGGAACCCCCGUGUCCUUGUCCUCGAUGAGCCCACCAGUGCCCUGGACACCGAGAGCCAGCUGCAGGUGGAGCAGGAGAUCUUCGGAGCCAGCGGGGCCGGGCGCGCGGUGCUGCUGGUGACGGGGCGGGUGGCCCUGGCCAUGCGGGCGCAGCGGGUGGCCGUGCUGGAGGGGGGACGACUGCACGAGCUGGAGUCCCCCAAGGAGCUCCUGUGCCCCGGCAGCCGUUACUGGCACCUGCUGCAGGGCGGGGGACAGGGGGGGACAGCGGGGGAUGGGGACAUGGGGGAGGAGGGACCAUGA